UUCGUCAUGACGCGAAGCUAAACAAAGUGUAAGGAUAUCCCGCUGCUAUCAGCAUGUGGACGAAUCAUUUGCUAGUGGCGGCAAUUAUACUCGCGGUUGCCACCGUCUGUCAUGCGGAAUGCCAGACUCGUUCCAUUUACUGCUACGAAUGCGAUUCAUGGACGGAUCUCAGAUGCAAGGAUCCUUUCAACUAUACGGCACUACCCAGAGACCAGCCACCGCUGAUGACAUGUAACGGAUGCUGCGUGAAAAUGGUUCGCAACGCAAAAUCACCGUACGAAAGCGUAAGAAGAACCUGCACCGCACAGCUACAAAUAAACUUAUUCAUGGUGGACCACGUGUGCAUGAUGGAAAGUACCGGCACUGGUCACAUGUGCUUCUGUGAGGAGGAUAUGUGCAAUCGUGUAUCCCCGACCUCGAGUUCGAAUCCCGUACUCCUAUUGAUCCUGUCGACCAUCCUUAUUCUGCGUUCGGCAAUCUUAAGAGCCUCCGCUUGCUUUGUAGAACGUUGCAACAAUCAUAUCGUAUAACAUCAAUUAAUUCGAUCCACCUAUCGCAGUGGUGUCCAAUCAUAUCCUUUGUAGAAAUUUUAGCGAGUCGACAAAUCGACAA